CACUGGGCGCAUCUGCGAGGAGCGGAAAACACAGCUAGAGAAAGAAAGAGCUUUGCUACGCCAUUGGUUCGAGGUGCGGGUCCGGAGAUGAAGCUACUGGACGUGUCCAAAUGUCACGAGGACAACCCCCAGUUCAAGAACUCGCUGGAGAAAAUGGAGGCGAGUUCGGACAGCCUGCGUGGUAGUGUGCACGAACAACACAUGUGACCAUGUCCGAGCUGCAUGUAGCUUUGCUGGAGCUUUCGCAGCGUCAGUCAGCGCACCAUGUAGGUAGUAGCUACCCCCGUGACCUUUCUCCGUCUCUCUCCGUCUUUCUCCACCCGUAGGAAGGGAUGCAACAACUGGAGCGACAGAUGAGAAAGAUCUGCGCCCUGUGCGAGGAGAGAGAGGCCCUCGCCCAAAAGGACAGGCAGCUCUACAACGAGCUCAUUUCAGAGUUUGAAUUCUUCCUGAAGCAUGAGGUUGAUACUGAAGAGCCAAGUAUAACAAGUCUGACUGAAGUAAUGACUACCGGUCUCAGACAACUUGUGGACAACAGAGAGAGAAUGUUUGAACAGAUAAAACUGGGAAUGUUGCAGCCGCUGCAUCAUUUCCUAGACCACGAACUGGAGCAGGUGAAGACGACACAGAAAACCUACCACAAGGCCAAGGCUGAUUCCCUCCAUGUUGUCGAGAAACUGAGUCAGUGUAAGAGACAUGAAAUUACCGGAAUGAGUGAGCUGUCCCUGCAGCUAUUUGACAGCCGCUAUGCCCUCCACAAGGGAGCGUGUGCCUAUGCCAUAGACCUCAACCAUCUCCACGCCAAAAAGACCCCAGACUUUCUGCAGAAACUGGUUGAUUUCAUGACGUCGCAACUCUCGUACUUCCAUCUAGGGCAAGUCACAAUUGACGAUGUACGCCCUUAUAUGGAAAACACAUACACUAUUAUGGAGAAACUUCGGUCAAAGGCAAGUCUUCAUGAUGCUCAGCAACGUACACAGACCACUAGCCUUUUAGGAGAGGUUUUAUUGGUGAGAGCUAAGGACCUGGCAAACUUCCACACCCACGAUCUCCACUUUAACACGGACACGGCCAAGUCGACUGUCAUGAGACACCUCAAAGAGCAGCACUCGUCAGUGGCGGUGGAGGAGAAAGAGCUGGACAACUUCGACGAAAAGAUGUCCAUACCACCAAAUAUCCUGACAAAGAGUGGGUACCUGUGGUACGCAGAGACCAAGACGUUUGGAACCCACUGGACCAGACUCUUCUUCUGCAUCAAGAAAGACAUGCUAGUCUCUGCCGAGUCGACAGCCAAAAUCAGAGUACCCAUAUCCCUCAAUCUCAACCUGUGCAGUGUGAAGCCGGCACAGGUGACCGACACAGAGAGGAAUUUCUGUUUCAAGGUCAUAUCUCCCAUCAGAUCUCUUCUCCUCCAGGCCGAGAGCUCCAGAGACAUGCAGCAGUGGAUGGAGGUGCUGCAGAAUGCGAUAUCACACGCCCUCCACUGCCCGAGCACACCAGAGAAAGAGAGAACUUUUACCAAUCUCGCCUCUACCUCCUCCUCCUCCUCCUCGUCUGCUCCUACCUCCUCCUCAACUCACACUUCUCUUCCCUCCAGUUCCUCUCCCAUCCCUCCCGUGAGACGGAAGACGAAGAGCAAGGUGAACGUGACAAAGGAGCUGUACGCCGUGGCAGGCAACGAGGCGUGUGCAGACUGUGGAAACACCAAACCCAAGUGGGCCAGUAUCAAUCUUGGUGUUCUGGUGUGCAUAGAAUGCUCUGGUGUUCACAGAAGUCUCGGUGUCUACGUUUCUCAGGUUCGCUCUCUGACUCUAGACACACUCAAGCCGGAAUGGCUGGAGAAACUGAAGGAAUUUGGCAACAAAAACUCCAACGGCAUCUAUGAGAAAAACCUGCCCGAAGACUUUGAUAGAGGUAUAUACUGUGUGUGUACAUAUUAUAUGUAGGCAUAAUUAUAGCAUUAGAGUGGGAAAGUGUGAGAGACACAAAAUUUUUGUAAGUUGCAAAUUUUCGUGGGAGACACAAAAUUUUUGUAAGUUGCAAGUUUUCGUGGGAGACACAAAAUUUUUGUAAGUUGCAAAUUUUCGUGGGAGAUGCAAAAUUUUUAUUUUUGCGGAGAGAACUAUAACACAUCACUCAGUUUAGUAGUGUUUGUAGAAGAAAGGGGAGAGGAUCCUCUUGUUGUGUACGUCCAUACAAUAGACACCAGGGACAGGUAAAUCUGAGCAAAAUAUUUAGUGUAUGUGUAAUGAAUGGUGAUUAUGGGUGGUAGAGAGAGGGAGAGAAUGUGUUGGCUUCCCCCCCUGUGACUGACAGAGGCAGUUCGUACGGAGGAAGGACGGCAGGAGUUCAUAACGGAGAAGUACAUUGAGCUCAAGUACACCGGGGAGGAGGAGAGAGAGACGAUUCGUGAGCAGAGGAAGGAGACCCGGGCCGAGAGCGUUCGCAGAUCCAACAAACUCAUCUCACACACAAGCUGUCCCGCAGGAGCUGAGACCCAGAAACCAGAGGGAGCCGCAGUGGCACUGUCAUCGUCUCAGGCGACAGGUGGCGCUAGCCACCCAGCGACAGCACGCAGCAACUCUUUCACCAACUCACUUCUGUCUUCGCUGAAAUCUGAUGCGGGGAACAAGCAGUCGGGGAAGAAAGAUCGCCGCUGUCUAAGAGAAGGACGAAGAAGGAGAAGGAGAAGAAGGAGAAGAACGGUGGGAAGAAGGGUCGCAGGGGAGGGACGUUUGGAGGGGAGAGUGAGGGAGGGGAGAAGGGAGGAGGGGGA